AUGCCUUCUUGUACAGCCAUUAGCUCAUCCCCUUCCCGCUCCUUCACCUUCUUCACCGUCGCCUCUUCCUCCUCUGACUCACCCAGGCCCAGCUCAUACUCACCAGUUCCCACACUCUCCGAAGAUACACACCCUCCCAGGCCCAAGCCCAAGCCCAUUCCGAAGCCCACAACUCCCACCAUCCGCUCCCGCCUCAGCCAACUGUGCCAGCAGGGAGACCCCCACCUUGCGCGCCACCUUUUCGACUCCCUCCCCUUCCCCUCCACCGUCCUAUGGAACACCAUCAUCAUCGGCUUCGUCUGCAACAACCUGCCCCUCCACGCCCUCCACUUCUACGCGCGUAUGAAGUCCACCCCCUCAACGCGCUUCGACUCCUACACUUUCUCCGCCACUCUCAAAGCCUGCGCCCUCUCCCUCAACCUCUCCACCGGAAAAAUCAUUCACUCGCACUUCCUCCGCUGCUGCCAAACAAACCCUAACCCCAGCCGGAUCGUCUACAACUCCCUCCUCCACAUGUACUCCACUUGCUUGCCACCAAACGCGACCCAACCGGAACGCGAUUAUGUACUCAAGGUGUUCUCCGUUAUGCCCAAGCGAGACGUCGUUGCUUGGAACACCUUGGUUUCAUGGCACGUCAAGACGGAGCGCCACGUGGAAGCCGUUAAAGCCUUCUGCCAGAUGAUGCAACGGGGAAUAACGCCCAGCGCCGUUUCUUUCGUGAAUGUGUUCCCCGCUGUGGCUGGGACUGGGGAUUCGAGAACCGCACGUGCUUUGCACGGGUUGGUUGUGAAGUUUGGGAAUGAGUAUGUGAAUGACUUGUUUGUUGUGAGCUCUGCUAUUCUUAUGUAUGCUGAGGUUGGUUGUUUGGAACGGGCGAGGGUGUUUUUUGAGCGGUGCUCGGAGAAGAAUACCGAGGUGUGGAACACCAUGAUUGCAGGUUAUGUUCAGAAUAACUGUCCUGUUGAAGGCAUUGAUGUUUUUGUUGCGGCAUUAUAUUCGGAUGAGGCGGUAUGCGAUGAUGUAACGUUUCUUUCUGUUAUCAGUGCUGUUUCGCAGCUGCAGCAGGUAAAAUUGGCUGAGCAGAUACACGCCAUUGUACUGAAGAGUUUGGUGGUUUUGCCUGUUAUGAUUCUCAAUGCAAUCAUGGUUAUGUACUCGAGAUGUAGUUCUGUUGAAACUUCGUUUAAGGUUUUUGAUAAGAUGGUGGAAAGGGAUCACGUAUCAUGGAAUACUAUAGUUUCUUCCUUUGUGCAGAAUGGUUUAGAUGAGGAAGCAUUGAUGCUUGUCUGUGAGAUGCAGAAGCAGAAGUUUGCUUUUGAUUCUGUCACCGUUACUGCCCUUCUUUCCGCAGCUUCUAACCUUAGAAACUCACAUGUUGGAAGGCAAACUCAUGCGUAUCUAAUUCGGCAUGGGAUAGAAUUUGAGGGAAUGGAGAGUUAUCUGAUAGAUAUGUAUGCAAAAUCUGGCUUCAUUAGAACUUCCGAAUUGCUAUUUGAGCAGAAUUUCCCGAGCGACAGAGAUCAGGCCACAUGGAAUUCUAUGAUUGCUGGUUAUACACAGAAUGGGCUCAAUGAGAAAGCGAUUAUAAUUCUUAGAGAGGCAUUAUUACACAAUGUAGUGCCUAAUGCAGUGACCUUGGCUUCAAUUCUCCCAGCUUGCAGCUCAAUGGGAAGCAUAGCCUUUGCUAGGCAAAUUCAUGGAUUCUCCAUUCGUCAUUCAUUAGACCAAAAUGUUUUUGUGGGAACUGCUUUAGUUGACACAUAUUCCAAAACAGGGGCAAUUGCUUAUGCUGAAGAUGUCUUUGUCAGAACACCUGAGAAGAAUUCAGUCACAUAUACUACAAUGAUGAUGAGCUAUGGACAGCAUGGGAUGGGAAGAAAAGCUCUUACCUUGUAUGAUUCUAUGCUGAGAUCUGGCAUUGAGCCCGACGCGGUUACUUUUGUUGCCAUCUUGUCUGCUUGUAGUUAUACUGGUUUGGUCGAUGAAGGUCUUCAGAUAUAUGAGUCUAUGGAAGAAGUGCAUAAAAUUAAGCCAUCCAUUGAGCAUUAUUGUUGUGUUGCGGACAUGUUAGGGAGGGUCGGGAGGGUGGUUGAGGCAUAUGAGUUUGUUAAUGAAUUGGGUAGAGAUGGCAAUGCAAUAGAAAUCUGGGGAUCGCUUCUUGGGGCUUGCAAAAAUCAUGGAUACUUUGAAUUGGGAAAGGUUGUUGCAGAAAAGCUGCUAAAUAUGGAGAGAGAACAACGGAUGGCAGGCUACCAUGUUCUGCUCUCAAAUAUUUAUGCCGAGGAAGGAGAGUGGCAAAAUGUUUAUAGAGUGAGGAAUCAGAUGAAGGAAAAAGGUUUGCAAAAGGAAAUAGGCUGUAGUUGGGUUGAGAUAUCUGGGUUUUUGAACUGCUUUGUAUCCAGAGAUGAGAAGCACCCUCAGAGUGCUGAGAUAUAUAAGGUCCUGGAUCAGUUGACCAAGGACAUGAAAGAUGCAGGUUAUAAACCAUCUUUUGGUCCAAAUUUAAAUAUGACUUUGGAGCCCAAUGAAUUAAAGUCAAUCGUUUAAAACAAAUUUUAUGAAAGUGAGCUACAAAUAGCAUUUUACAGCGUGCAUUUGCUGAGGAAAUGUCAUGGUUGUCAGGGAUAAGCAUAAUUGAUAAUAGUGGUCGGCAUAUGCUUAUCCAGACUACUGGGACUGCUGCUUUGUGACAGUUAACUAGGCUGGCUAUUUAUUCAAAACAGAUUGUUGUUGAUUGCCUCCACCAAUUCAUGUACAAUACAGUUGUACAGUUGUCUUGAAUCUCAGCCUGGGAUGUUUAUCGGUUGGCCCAGAUUGUCAGUUAUCCCUGCCAAUGUUUUAGGGAUGUAAACGGGUUGGGUUAGGUCAGGUUUGAGGGAGAAUAAGAACCCAUCUAAUGAAAAUUAAUAUGUUCGGUUUGGAUCGGUUGGCUCAGAUCGUCAGUUAUCCUGCCAAUGUUAGUAUGUUACACACAUAACAAUAUGCACGUCGGUGCUGGAAAUUCUGUGUGGUUUUUAUUAUCCAAUAGUUUCACCUCAUUUUCUGCAUAGAUAGUUAGAUACCUUUGUUCCUGGUACUAAGUGUUCAAUCUAAUAAUAUUUUGAUCAUAUCACCGCAACCAAUGUUAGGUGAUGUAAUUGGGAUGUACAUCAGGAAGUUAGCGUUUUUGUUGUGCUUCAUAAAGUGACCAAUGUAAGUGUAUAAGAUGCUGUAGGUGAUUCCCCAUACAAGUUAUGCUAGAGGCAUUGACCUUCCAUAAAGAUGAUAACUUGGAAGAUAAACUGCAUGGUUGGGAUUGUUGUGUCCUCUAUAGAUAGAUAGAAAUUAAACUCAAUACAAGUUAGCAAGUUACUGAAUCUGAUGUCAGUGCACAUUUUGGGAUGCUGUUAGAGAAUGAGCAAGGGUCUGAUGUUACUUGCUAGUGGAGAAAUGUUUUCUGCACAAAAGCUUGUCUUUGCUGCUCAAUCACCUGAAUUUGAAUCACAUUUUACAAUGGUUUCUAAGGUUUUCAAGACACUCUUACUGAAGAUAAAGAGCUUUCCGUCUUCCCUUCAAUGCUUGACACAUUUGUGAUGAAAUUAUUGGCUGCUGCUGAAAAGUCCAAGGCUUGAGUGGAUGUGCUUAUUUUCUACUUUUUGAAGACUUAUCUAGAGAUUCUUUCACACUUUUUGCUGAUCAUUCUCAUGCUAUAGAACUGAUCCAUCUGUCUACAAACUUUUUUUUAUGGGAACCUCAUUGGUGAGUUUCCUGCAUUUUUUUCCACCCAAAACUAUACCUGAAUUAAUAUUUGAUAUUCAGGUACUGUAGUCUGUAGAUAAAAUCUUACUAUAUAGUUAAGGGACAAGGUAAACUUUCGCCCCAUGUCAUUUCAUUUUAUUAUUCUUGUUUAAACAUUCUAUAAAUGCCUAGUGAUCUGUUUCUUUUUCCCUCUAAAGUGAACAGGAGGCCUUUUUAUUCCAUCUGUUAAAUUGACACCUAUACACGAGGAUAGAUGUCCCUACUUCAUAAAUGAUCAUGUCAACAAUUAUUUGGCCACUGAUAUGAGAUGAUACGAUAUUUGGCUCCAUCUGACGUAAAUUAUAAUUUUUUGAUUGAGAUGUUGUGGCUUGCUCUACCUGCGGAUAAGCUUCGUAUAUGGAUGGGGAGUAUGGGAGACAGGGACGACCUCCCACAGGGUGGCAACACAACCCAGAUCCACUGGUACUCACCCGUCUUUACCGGUUGGGACGGGUAAUUACUCGAUUCGGUGCAAGGCGGGUUUUUAGUGGAACGGAUUUAGGAAAUACCUGUCCGGUAUAUAUAAUAGGUGUUUCACAUAUACCGGUGUAUUUUAGCAGUACAUGAUGUUCCUUUCUUUUUAAUCGUUGAGAUUUAUAAUAAAAUAAAUAAGAAUGAGAUUGAAUGACUUGUACGUAGACUUGUUUGACUAAUGAGCAUGGUGAAGAAGAUAUUUGUCCUUUCCUUCACCCACUAAGAGAGAGAUAAAAUUAGAAGAUAUUUGUCCUUUCUUUCACCCACCAA